UUCAACAACCCACUACGAGUGCUCAUUUAGGAAAUCCAUCGUCACACGAUUGAACUUGUGAUCGGAGUACAAUAUGAGUGCGCAAUUGUGUUGGGGAAUAGGCUGGGCAAACAUACAGUUGCGUAGCGACGGUCACGUAUUAGGGAAAACCAACGGCAGGGCUGUACGUGUGUUCUUAAGCCAUAGGCGCAAGUUCACGUAUUUUUGGAGUACGUAUAAGCUUGUGGAUAUUCAUUAGUUUGGAUUAAUCAUUAUAGACUGCACGGUUGGCUCGUAAUCAUAAUACGUCCGCUAUUCAUAAUCCCAGGAGGGAUUUAUGGAUUAAACGUUAGCGGGACGAGACCUUUAUAUAGGAGAUAAUCAUGAAAGACGAUGCAAGCAAGCAACAGGCGGAUCUGGACCGGGAGUUUGCCUCCACGACCACCCUGCACGGCAUCGGUCGUGUCAUCGAGAGCUCCCGGGCCCUAGUCAAGCUCAUCUGGCUCACCAUCCUGCUGGUUUGUCUUGGAGUGUGCAUCUGGCAGAUCACCGAUCGGUUCCGGCGGUACUUCAAGUACGAGGCCACUACGGCGGUGUCGGUGGAGUACGUGGGGGACCUGGACUUCCCUGCCGUGACCAUCUGCAACUUCAACAGAUACCGUUUGUCAGUACUGACUGAAGCAGAUAUAGCCAGUCUGGAAGUACUCCUGGAAUAUACCGACUACGACUACGACACCUACGAUGACCCGGAGACACCCGGCGAGGAGCCCAAUCCAAACGAGCCCGCCGCCAACUUCAGCUACACGGAGUUCACUGAGCGCACGGGAUUCAUACUGGACGAGCGCACAUUGAUGGACUGCAAAUGGCGCGGGAAAAAGGACAGUUGCAAGGCGCAUAAUUUCACGCACGAGUUUACUUCAUUCGGCAACUGCUGGACCUUUAAUUCCGGCGAAGACUCGGAUGAAAAUGACCUACCAAUCUUACAUCAGAUCCAACCGGGAAGCGGUAACGGCCUGAGAAUGAUCAUUGAUAUACAGCAGCAUGAAUACGCUGAACCUGUACAGGGGGGCAAUUUGGAAGCCGGACUGAAGGUAUUGGUUCAUGGCCAAGAAACGCCGCCCUCUGUCGACGCGGAAGGGUUCGCAAUCGGUCCUGGCGUCCACGCGUUCGUUGGUGUACGCAAACGAGAGUACAAUAACCUUGAGGAACCGUGGGGAAGAUGUGACGAAACGAAGACUCUGACACAUUAUGAAAAGUACACGCUCCAAGGCUGUUCCAUCGAGUGUAAAGCCAAGAAGAUCUACGAGAAUUGUGAAUGCAGACUCGUCAGGCAUCCUGGCAAUGAAAUAGAGUGCUCCCCUAAACAAGUCAAGAACUGCGCCACUCCAGUUUUAACGCAGCUGAAGGCGGGUGAGAUAAAGGAUUGCGAGUGCCCGGUGCCGUGCAACUACAGCGAGUUCCGUACCAGUCUAUCCACGGCGGUUCUGCCUAACAACAAUGUGAUGGAGGAACUGUGGAAGUUAUACAGCCCAGACGACUUUGCUAAUUACACAGACGAUCAGUCAGGAUUAUACAUCAGGGAAAAUUGGAUCUUGCUGGACGUCUUCUACGAGUCCCUGAACUUCGAGAAGUACGUGCAAUCCGAGGCAAUCAGCGCAUCAGCUUUAAUCAGUGAUAUUGGUGGCCAGUUGGGCCUAUUCCUUGGGGCCAGCUUCAUAACAAUGACCGAGAUAUUGGAAUACCUCGGUCGCAAAGCAGGCCGCUUUUUCACGAGCUGCUCGCAACGAACGACGAUCAAUCCUAUAAAGACUCGACCACGGGAAGAUACCAUUGGUAUUAAGGACCUGCCUUCAUCUUCUGGAUCGUAGUUCAAUGUAUGGACAAAAUACCCCAUCUAAUCCUCAGUAAGCGGUGGAUUUCUUACAGACUCUUUCAUGGAUAGAUUGGAAAUACACAGUGGCGUGUCAAGUUGCAUUUGAUGGUCAGAUUAAUUACAAAAAUUAAAUAUAUGAAAAUGGAUAAAAAUGUGCCCCGAGGGGGUCACCACAGCAGUCAACAAUUGUUUGAAUAUAUCUAUAUGUACGAAUAAGUCAAAACGAUCAAAUGGUUGUAACUUACUUUGCAAGGAAAUAAAUCGCAGCUCAGUCGUGAGCGCGCUUACGGCAGGUGUUUUAUCAACCAUUUAAAACCAGCCAAUUGACAGGCUUUCGACCAAUAGGAAUUUGUUGUCUUAGGCUUUCGACCAAUAGGAAUUUUCUGAAUUGUCUUAGGUAUUUAUGAAUAAGCAUUAAUAUAUAAUUACUAUUACUACUUCAGUGUACUAUACGUUCAGUUGAAUUGAUAAGCGAACAAUUUGGAACGGUAUAUUUAUACAUACAACAUUUUUAAGUAAAAAAUAUAACCGGUUUAAAUAUAGUUGUUUAUAGAUAUUUCUUAAGAUGUUUAUUUAAACCACCAAUUGAUCUAAGACGGGGCAGUGGGGAGAGACUAUUCUAAAAAAAAAAAAAAAUAGGUCUUUGGCAUUUAACCGCGUUGAUAAAUAUAUAGAUGUCUUUACCCUAUAAAAUUGCAAAUUCCUUGAAUUCAUUGUAUUAUACUGGUAAAUACAUCUUUGUUCUAAGUGAAGCAGGUAAUAAAUUCCUAUCAUAUUUAAACAUAAUGACUUCAAUUUGGUAUUUAUAUAACUCAUGGAUAUAGACAGUGGAUUAAAUUGAUGAAAAAGGCGUGCGGCGCGUGCUCUUGAAUGUGA